GUGAGUGUGUGGCUGUGUGCGCAGCGCUGCCCCCUGCUGGUGUGGGGGAGUGAGUGUGUGGCUGUGUGCGCAGCGCUGCCCCCUGCUGGAGGGGGUGUGAAUUCACAGCUGUAGUAAGGGCUAGGAGGAGGGCCUGGCUGGCUCCGGGGCAGGGCAGUGGGGGGGGUGGCUGGGAGCUGGCCGAGGACACGUUGCCAUAAGCCCUGCUUGCCGUUCCCUGCAGCGUUGGAGCUUUCUGAAGCAUGAGGAGAGCCCCUCGCCAGUGACCGAACAUGGCUGACAAGAGGAAAUUGCAAGGUGAAAUCGAUCGGUGUCUGAAGAAGGUCUCCGAGGGGGUGGAGCAGUUUGAGGAUAUCUGGCAGAAGCUCCACAAUGCGGCCAACGCCAACCAGAAGGAGAAGUACGAAGCUGACCUGAAGAAGGAGAUCAAGAAGCUCCAGAGGCUGAGGGACCAGAUCAAGACGUGGGUGGCUUCGAACGAGAUCAAGGACAAGAGGCAGCUGCUCGACAACCGGAAACUCAUUGAGACGGUAGGAGGCUGCUGUGGUAAUGGUCAGGCUGCAGUGGGGCUGCCUGUCGGGGUCAGGAGGGAAGUUUUCCCUCCACUCCAGGGCUGCAACCGGUGGGUUUUUGAGCAGCUGAGCUGGUCCCAAGAGCUGCCUGCUGGGUGUUUCUUGCUCGCUUGCAAGAACGUGUCAGAUUUGGGGGUGGAGAGCGUCUCCCUCCAGCGUACGGGGCAGAGACCCGGGGAAUUUUCUGGCCCCUCCUGCCCAGCCUUGGGCAAGUCUCCAGCUUCCAUUGACACGCUGAACAUGCAGGUGGAUCAGUUUGAGAGUGAAGUGGAGUCGCUCUCGGUGCAGACGCGCAAGAAGAAAGGGGACAAGGAUAAGCAGGACCGGAUUGAGGGGCUGAAGCGGCACAUCGAGAAGCACCGGUACCACAUCCGCAUGCUGGAGACCAUCCUGCGCAUGCUGGACAACGACUCUAUCCAGGUGGACUCGAUCCGCAAGAUCAAGGACGACGUGGAGUAUUACGUGGACUCCUCGCAGGACCCCGACUUCGAGGAGAACGAAUUCCUCUACGACGACCUUGACCUCGAAGACAUUCGUAAGUGUCCCGGCCCCGGCGGGGCAGAGAUGACAUCCGUGGACUCGAUCCGCAAGAUCAAGGACGACGUGGAGUAUUACGUGGACUCCUCGCAGGACCCCGACUUCGAGGAGAACGAAUUCCUCUACGACGACCUUGACCUCGAAGACAUUCGGGCCCCCAGCCUCCCCCCCCCCCAUCCUGUUUGUCGCUUUCAGGCACCCGAGCCCCUGAGCAGCUUGAAAUCCAUGGCAGAGCGAGCAGCCAUCGGAUCCAGUAUAGAGGACCCAGUGCCAUCGCUCCACCUGGCAGAAAGGGAUAUUUUAAUUAGCAGCACGACCUCUCAGCCGGCCUCCAGCCAGCCGCCCAUCCAGCUGUCGGAGGUGAACAUCCCUCUCUCGCUGGGUGUCUGCCCCCUGGGGCCGGUGCCCCUCACCAAGGAGCAGCUCUACCAGCAGGCCAUGGAGGAGGCAGCCUGGCAUCACAUGCCUCACCCCUCCGACUCGGAGAGGAUCCGGCUGCUAAUGGGUCCCUGGGCCCCCCCAUCCCGAGCCAGUGGCACGAGCCGUCUGCUCCCCCAGGCCCCGGGGUGGGGUCCCUCUGCCCCCGCUGUGAGAUGCCCGGUUCUCUCGCAGGGUACCAAGGCGCAGUACCUCGCAGCCAAAGCCCUGAAGAAGCAGUCCUGGCGCUUCCACACCAAGUACAUGAUGUGGUUCCAGCGGCACGAGGAGCCCAAGACCAUCACGGAUGAGUUUGAGCAGGGCACGUACAUCUACUUCGACUAUGAGAAAUGGGGCCAGCGGAAGAAGGAAGGGUUCACUUUCGAGUACCGCUAUCUAGAAGACCGCGACCUGCAGUGACGCCUGCUCACCCCCUAUGGGGCGCCAGCCUUCCAGUCACGCGGGCGGGACAUUGGGGUGUGGGGGAAGGAACAAGAACCAAACUUGCUGCCUCCACCCCCUUCUACCAUCCCCCCGGGCGGGGGCCCCUCCAGCCAUCCGAACCCUUUAAAUGAAUGCAGUUUUAAAAGACAAGAACAAGGGGGGAGGGAAAUCAGCCAUUCCCUGCCCCCCUUCUGGGGUGUGUUGAGGGGCGGGCAGAGGGACAUGCGCAGAUGCAGAAAGUGAACAAAGAAAUCUCGGAGGGGGGAGGGGUUAAAAUCAUUUGGCUUUUUUUAAAAAUUAAAGCAGCAAAAAAAUUCAGCAGAAUUAUUGUAACCCCCAAAAAAUCCUACUGGGGGACCUCAGACCCCACCUCUCUCAAUUCUCCCCCCCCCUCCCAUUUGCCUGUUUUUUGUCUCUUCCCCCUUUCAUGAGCUUUCGAUCCAGCCCCAGAGCAGCUCUGCUGGGUUUAUCUUGGGGGGAGGGACGGAUAGGAAUUCAUAAGGGGGGGCUGUUUCUCCAGAUUGCUUUCCCCCCCUUCUCCCGAGGUGCUAUGCAGCCGUUGUGAGGGCCGGGUGUUUAAAAUAUUUUUCGUAACCCUAUUUUCAUUUUGGAAAAUAUUUAUGAAUAAAUAGUUUUAUAUGA